AAGCGUGUCAACAUUGGAUUCAUCACCAUCAUCAACAAACCCGAUCCGUAUAUUCAUUUUUAUAUGGAUUUUGCUGACACAUCCUAUUCUGAUCACAGUUACGAGAAGAAGCAGAAGAAAUUGAAAACUUCAAAAACCCAAUCACUGGAGCUGUCUAAUUUAAGUUACAGUCCAAAAAUCACAUACGUCAAAACGGGUACAAAACUAAACCCUUGAUCAAAUAAUAGUCAAGAGAAAACCCAUUUUUCUGAAACUCUUAAAGAAGUUUAGAGAAAGAAACGUGAGAGAGAUAUGGGUAGCAACAAAGGAAGAACAGUUCUGGAGGUUGGAGCUGAUGGGAUUGCUGUUAUUACAAUCGUUCAUCCACCUGUUAAUUCCCUCUCUUUUGAUGUAUUGAACAGCCUCAAGGAUAAUUGUGAGGAAGCUAUGCGAAGAAAUGAUGUAAAAGCAGUUGUAAUUACAGGUGCGAAAGGAAAAUUUUCUGGAGGUUUUGAUAUUUCGGCUUUUGGUGAAAUCCAAGGGGGAAAGGUUGAGCCACCAAAGCCUGGUUAUAUAUCAAUUGACAUUAUCUCCAACACAUUAGAAGGGGGAAAGAAACCUGCAGUCGCUGCUAUUGAUGGCCUUGCCCUAGGCGGUGGUCUAGAGAUCGCAAUGGCAUGCAUUGCACGUGUUUCUACCUCCACAGCACAGUUAGGCCUUCCUGAACUUCAGCUUGGAAUAAUUCCUGGAUUUGGAGGAACACAGAGACUUCCACGCCUUGUUGGUCUUACGAAAGCCCUUGAAAUGAUGCUGAUGUCUAAGCCGGUGAAGGGGCAAGAGGCUCAUGCCUUGGGCUUAGUUGAUGUCAUAGUUUCACCAAAUGAAUUGGUAAACACUGCUCGUUGUUUGGCCCUUGAUAUUGUGGAGCGCAGAAGACCUUGGGUUCCUAGUCUUUACAGAACAGAUAAGAUAGAGCCCCUGGGAGAGGCCAAGGAAAUACUUAAUUUUGCUAGAGCUCAGGCCCGGAAACAAGCUCCCAACCUCAAACAUCCCCAAGUCUGCAUUGAUGCCAUCGAGGAGGGCAUAGUUUCAGGCCCUGUUGCUGGGCUUUUGAAGGAAGCCGAGUCUUUUCAAACACUUCUACAUGAUGACACUUGCAAGGGUUUGCUCAACAUAUUCUUUGCUCAACGUGCUACCUCAAAGGUUCCUGGCAUCACUGAUAGGAGAUUGACACCAAGAAAAAUUAAAAAAGUUGCCAUUCUUGGCGGAGGACUCAUGGGAUCUGGAAUUGCAACAGCAUUGAUUCUUAGUAAUUAUCCUGUGAUCCUGAAAGAAGUAAAUGAGAACUUUUUACAAUCAGGAAUUGGGAGGGUAAAAGCAAAUUUGCAAAGUCGUGUCAAGAAAGGAAAAAUGACACAAGAGAAAUUUGAGAAAACCUUCUCCCUUCUCAAGGGUUCUCUCGGCUACGAAAGCUUCAAAGAUGUGGACAUGGUCAUAGAGGCGGUUAUCGAAAAUGUCUCGUUGAAACAACAAAUUUUUGCUGAUCUUGAAAAACAUUGCCCACCUCAUUGCAUUCUUGCUAGUAAUACCUCCACUAUUGACUUGGAUCUUAUUGGGGAAAAGACACGGUCCCAAGAUCGUAUUGUUGGUGCUCAUUUUUUUAGUCCGGCUCAUGUGAUGCCACUUUUAGAGAUAGUUCGUACUAAGAAGACAUCUCCUCAAGUACUUGUUGACUUACUAGAUAUUGGGAAAAAUAUCAAGAAAACUCCAGUUGUUGUUGGGAACUGUACCGGUUUUGCGGUUAAUAGGAUGUUCUUCCCUUACUCACAAGCAGCAAUCUUACUCGUUGAACAUGGUACAGACGUCUAUAAGAUUGACAGGGCAGUUUCCAAAUUCGGGAUGCCAAUGGGUCCAUUCAGGAUGAUUGAUUUGGUUGGUUUCGGGGUUGCAAUUGCAACUGGCACCCAGUUUGUCCUGAACUUUCCUGAGAGAUCAUACAAGUCUAUGUUGAUUCCAAUCAUGCAAGAGGACAAAAGAUCUGGGGAAACCACUCGCAAGGGUUUCUAUGCCUAUGACAAUAAGCGCAAGGCAAGCCCUGAUCCUGAAAUUGCGAAAUACAUUGAGAAAGCAAGGAGCAUGUCCGAUGCAAAAGUUGAUCCCAAGUUAAUGAAGUCAUCAGAUAAGGACAUCAUCGAGAUGAUAUUUUUCCCAGUCGUGAAUGAAGCCUGCCGUGUCCUACAUGAAGGAAUUGCAGUCAAGGCAUCAGACCUUGACAUUGCCGCUGUUAUGGGGAUGGGAUUCCCACCAUACAGGGGAGGAAUCAUGUUCUGGGCUGACUCACUCGGAUCCAAAUACAUUUGUUCGAGGUUAGAGGAAUGGACCAAGAUGUAUGGAGAUUUCUUCAAGCCUUCGGCCUACUUGGCAGAACGAGCUGCCAAAGGAGCUAAACUGAGUGCACCAAUGAUGGAUCAAGCUGUGUCUCGGCUAUAAGAAGGUUAAGCAAUUAUCUUCUUGGUAUUGCUGUAUUCUCUCUGUUGUUGUAGAAAAUCCAGAAAAAGAUAAAGUACCCCCAGUUAAAGUUGCACUGAAGAUGAAAGUUAGUUUUAGUAAGAACUAUUAAGAUUGUAGAACCCAAAUAAUAAUACUCCUCUGUAACCAUCCUUUUUAUGGUCCGUCUCAGUAACUUUUUCUUUGUUAGGUUUCACUACUUUUCCUUCUCUGUAUUGUUAUUACUUCAUGUUUGGGGUGAAAGUGAAAUAAAGUUUUAGUUGAAGAAAUGAAUAUUUUGUCUUCAUCCAGAAUCAAUGAGUUUCUCUGA